AUUCUUUCCAGGAUUAAUCAGGUAACACAUUUUCUAUAGUUUAUUGUCUAUACAUAAUAUAUUACUACAGUACUGCUGUUUGACUGUGCUCAGUAAACCCCAAGUUACAUUUUACCUUGCUACCUACUUAAUAAUGGGUAACUAAAUCGUUUAGAAUGAUCAAAAUUUUCUCAUUUUGUUAGCAAUCGUAAUGUACUGGAAAUAAUUGCGUUUUAUUGCUAGUAAAUCAGCUUAAAUCCGUAAUUAUUAUGUUCAUAUCUAUAAUUCUGUAUCCUGCAACUCUUUUGUAAUCUUUCAGACGUUCAACAAUGGCGUGCAGAAUGGACGAUGAGCAAGGUUAUGGUGUGAAUCGUUUCGAAGGCGAAGUGAGAGAAGAUCUGCUCUGUUCUGAAGUUAUGGACGACGACGAGCAAGGUUAUGAUGUCAAUCGUUUCGUAGGCGAAGUGAGAGAAGAUCUGCUCUGUUCUGUUUGCCAAGAUGUGCCAAAGGACCCAAGAGUUUGCCAGAAUGAAGAUCAUAUAUUUUGUUUGGCUCAUAUAUCGCGACAUCUGCAUCAAAAUUCUCACACAUGCCCAGUUUGCAGAGACCCCCUGACUCCAGAAACCCUGAAACGUCCUACAAGAUUUUUGAAGAAUUAUUUAGAAGAUCUGAAAAUCAAGUGCGACCACCAUGAUCGUGGCUGUCCUGACGUUGUCCGGCUUGAAGAUCUUCAAAGACAUGUCGAUCAAUGUGGAUUCGCGCCCGUCAUGUGUGGAAAUGAAGGAUGUGAGACCGAGGUCAAUAGACGGGAUCAAGAAAACCAUGAGAAAAAUCUUUGCCAAUUUAGAAUCGCCAAAUGUCACGACUGCAAAGAUAUUAAAGCAAGUCAGAAUGGAAUAAAAGCAAGUCAAGAAGAAAUGAAAGCAAGUCAAGAUGAAAUGAAAGCAAGUCAGAAUGAAAUGAAAGCAAGUCAAGAAGAAAUGAAAGCAAGCCAAGAUGAAUUGAAAGCAAGUCAGAAUGAAAUGAAAGCAAGCCAAGAUGAAAUGAAAGUUCAGAACACACGAAUGGAGGAUGAAAUUAAGGUAAGACCAAAUUUUCUUCGUUUCUUUCAUUAUGUUUGUAUGGCAAUCAUUAUAAUUGUUUUGUAGUAAAACACAGGGUUCGUGCCUGUCUGGAAGAAUAAAAUUCAAAGACUUUUCAAGGACUUUCAAGGCCAUGUAUUCGCAAAUUCAAAGACAAAAGGGCCGAAAAGAAGGCGUUAGAAAUCACUAAAAGUGACGUUAAGUUGGUGUAAUUCAAACGACAACUUUAAUGAAUUGCACAGUUUGGUUGCACAUAAACAAAAUCAAUUUAACAACAUCUUCGUUUUUUUAAUGUGAAACAAUUCCAGGAAAUAUCCAGAAACUAAAGCAUGAAGAAUUUAAGGAUUUUCAAACACUUCUUUAUACGGGGCCGUAGCAACCUGCAGCCCCGCCCAAUAAUUUGCUAAUAAUCAUUCUUUUUUCAAAAUCAUGCAGACCUUUAUCAUUUAAAUAAUAUACCUUUAAAAUACUGACAAUUGAUUCAUUUUAAGCGGCUACAUUAUCCAUGACAAACUGCAAAGAAUGAAAAAAUUACCCAUACUUUUUCCUGCAACUUAUCCAAUAUAUAGUAAAUUAAAUGCGCCUUCACCCACUCAGUACUACUAAAUUGUAAAUUUCGGCAUACUAAAACGCUGUUUUCUGACCAUCAGAAUUCUGUCAAAUCUUCCCCAAAGUCCAGGAAAUAGCAUUUCAGAGACUCUAUAAAUUUAAAAAUUUCCUCGGACCUUCGGCCCUCACUUUCAGCCCCCAAUCAAAAACAGCUUCCUACGGCACUGCAUAAAAUUCAAGGACUUUCAAGGCUUUUUGAAUUUUUGUUUUCAAAUUGAAGGACUGUCAAGUUUUGUACGAACCUUUGUCAUAAAUAUCAGAGCCCAACAUAAAAACUUUAACAAAGCCAUUAAAACAGUUGAGAUUUUAAAGAAUUUUUAUUGCAACGUUUCGUCUUUAACUUAAGACAUCUUCAGACUAGAUAAAAUUACAUGAGAUUUGAAUAUAUAUAAGCUAAUUAUAAUCUAUUAGCUCAUAUAUAUUCAAAUCUCAUGUAAUUUUAUCUAGUCUGAAGAUGUCUUAAGUUACAAUAAAAAUUCUUUAAAAUCUUAACUGUUUUAAUGGCUUUGUUAAAAGUUAUAUGUUGGGCUCUGAUAUUUAUCAUAAGAAUUCGUUUUCCGCCUGGCAAAUCUCUGGCAACGAUAUCGAACCCUUGUCGAUAUCGUCUCGAACGAUCUGUGCCAGUGUAGAUAACGACAACAACAAGACAGUUCCGGAUUAAGUGAGAAACAACAAUCUGAAAAUUAUAAACAGAUUUUUAUACAGUAGCGAACUACAACUACUUCGCUACUACCCACCCUUGCCUUUCAUUCCCUAGCCUGUCUUCCAGUCCACUACACACAACGGUUGAGUGGACUGGAACGCAGGCUAUCAUUCCUUAGCUAAGUCAACAUCUUCAUCACUGCACAUUUUUAUUGAUUAAUAUUCGCUUCCUAUCCGGGCUUACGGAUUGGAAGCUUCGUCAAACAGAAUCUGCUGUUUUCCACAAAAUAGAACAAUUACAACAUUAAUUUUUACUUACUGUAUUAACCACAGUUCAUCAUUUGAACUGAUUUGAAAAUACACCUGAGUGGACCACGUUUGACCACGAGUGGCAAAGGAACGUUUGCUGUAAAUAAAUCUGAAUUUUGAAAAUCAUCAGUCUUUGAUUAUAUGUAUAAUUCAAACCUCAGCACAGAUAUUUAUUAUAGCACUUUUUCGCCUUUUAUCAUAAUUCUGCUAUAUAUCCCGAAGCGGCUUUUUUGUCACUCGUGCAUGUCAUUCGUAUUUGUGGUCAUCUCUGAGAUAUCUUAACACUUCUACUUUAAUUUAGGAAAAUGUUGACGUGAUGAAGCAAUCUCAAGAUGUUAUAAAUGUCAAAGUAAAUAAAAUGAAGGUAAGACAACAUUGUCUUGGGAACUUUUAAGGCUUAUUUUGCGAACAAUUCUCGAUGUUUCACUAGUAAAAACGCUACAUACGUCUACUUGAAAACAUGGAAAAGCUUUCAAUCUGUAAGCCAUAAGAUUUUCAUGAUUGCACAAAUGAUUUUAUUGACGACGAUUUGAGCUUACGGAUUGCAAGCUUGGUCAAAAAACGAUCAAUCUGAUGUUUUUCACGAAACAGAACAAUUAUGAGUUAUGUAUGUUUACUCACUGCGUGAACCAUAUUUUAUCAAAAGGUAUCCCGUGUCAUCUCUGAGAUAUCUGACCAUUAACACCGCAACCUAGAUAUGCAAGUUUUUAAUUUUACUAUUCAGGAUAAUGUUGACGAGAUAAAGCAAACUCAAGCAGAAAUGAAAGCAGAUCAAAUGGCGUUUCAAGCAGAGGUAAGGAACCAAUUUGAAAGAAUGACAGAAAUGUUCGGUAAGCUGUUGGAAAGAAGAAAUAUAAACAACAAUGGUGCUCAAGCUUUAGAUCCACCAGUUCCAGUCAACGACCAAGACAUUAUUAUUGUUGGCGGUUUUUAUGCCCCAGGAAAUAAAAGUGUAUCGAAAACAGUAGAAAAAUUCAACAUAGCAAAAGGGAAAUCGACUCGGCUACCAAAACUCAAUCACCCUCGAGCAAGUUCAGCAUCAUGUGUUUACAACGGCGACGUCAUCAUCACUGGCGGCUUCGAUGGUCAAGGUGGUACAGACAGCAUUGAGAUUUUAAAGAUGAACCAGGGUCCUUUGCGAUGGAUGAUGUUUGAUGGUAAACUGCCGGUCAAGUUAUCUGAUCAUGACGUUAUAGUUUAUCAAAGUAAACUAUACGUCAUAGGAGGACAUAACGCGAGUGAAAAUAAAAUAAAUGAUAACAUCUACGAGCUGUCUAUUAUCCCGCCUUAUACUGCCAAGCCGCUGGCUAGAAUGCCUCAGCCAAGAAGAAACCACAGAGCAGAGAUUGUAAACGGCAAACUACUUAUCUUGGGAGCAUCGAACACAGGCUAUAGUAAAGACGCCAUUGAUAGCGUUGUCGUGUACGAUUUCAUCAAGAAUAAGUUCAAACCAUGUCCAUCGUUACCCAAGUCUGUCUGGGGAAUGUCCACAGUUACUUGGGGUAACAUGGUGAUACUUAUUGGCGGUAGGGAUAAGAAUGACCAGGUCUUAAAUGAAGUCACCAUGUACGACACUGAAUCAGGACAAAGUCAGAAGUUGCCUCCACUGAUACACAAGAGGUGUGGUUCCUCAGCAGUAAUUAUGCAUGACGUCAUUGUUGUAUUGGGAGGAUGGAGUAAAGAGGAGGGAUUUCUCAACUCAGUAGAAAGUUUCACAAUCGGAGGUGAUCAUUGGAGAGAACUGCCAGGGAUGAAAGAAAAAAGAGCUAACGCAACUGCUGUAGUAAAACCUCACAACUGAAAAGCUCUCCAUAUAAACUUCUUAUUCGCCUUUGCAUGCAUAUCAUAAAUGAUCCAAUAAACGCCCACUCUCUAAUAAACGCCUUCUAUCUAAUAGACACCCUGGUCAACCCAGACUUUGUUAAAAUAGAUGCGUCACUCUUUAAAAAGUCUCUUAUGUGAUAAACGUCCCUCUCCCUACUCGAGAAUUUCCAAGAUUUAAAUAAUUUAAUUAAACAUUUAUUGGAUUGAACGCUUAUUAAAUUAUUAAUGUUGGGCAUAUAGGUGCAAUGGAAUGUAAGAGCUAUGAAAGUUGAAGAUUUUGACUUUCGUUCACUCUGCAAACUCUUGGAAAGUGUUAUUUAAGAAACCUAGAUAUGCCGUAUGUAAGAAUAAACGCCCCUCUCUAAUAGACGCCUUUAUCUAAUAAACGCCCCCUUCAAGGUACGAAAAUUUAAUCAACGCCCAGGGCAUUUAUUGGAUCAUUUACGGUACUUUGUGCCAUGAGGGUUGAUCAUCAGAUUUAUAAUUUCAUGUCCUGUAGAUACUAAAUAUUCACACAAAAGAAAAUAAAUAACAUUGACUGAAACCUGAUCAUAAAACACCGGCCCUGAGUUCUAACCCUUCAAUGAUGGUUACGGUUCAGAGUUGUUUAAUGCCCAGCAGGCUUCAGUCAAUGUUAUUUAUUUCCCUUUCAUUUGCAUAUUUAGUAUCUACAUGACAUGAAAUUAUAACCAUCAUCAAUGACCUGCACUUGGGUUAACUCUCUGAUCUCAAAUCUAGCUCUGCAUAGUGCAUCCUCUAUGCAGAAAUGAAGGCAAUGUCGGCCAUAUUGAUGUGAGCAGCACAAAUCUACUGUGGUGUUGAUGACAUAGUGUAAGAGGUUCUUACAGUUUCUAGUUAUCGCUGAGAAAGGAUAAACAUUGUCUGAAUAGAAAUUUAUCAACAGUCGCCUCUCUUCCCGCUUAAAUUUGCUCGUGAAUAACUGAUGUCACACCAAGAUGGUUGCCACAAGUCUCAUUAUCUAGUGUUUAAAACGUUCUAAAACUCAUUAGAAGAAAUACGGGAGGCUAUAUUUUUUAAGUUACAUAGGAAAAGACAUUUGCUUCAUAAUGUAGCUAAUUUAAAGACGUCGUGAUCCGAUUUGCAGAGAUUUUGACAGACUUUGCGAUCUCAUCUGAUUCUAAAUAUUCUGACUUCAAAAUUGGUUUACUGAAUACAAAAGGAAACUCCAUCCAGUGUUUUGAGAUCAGUGGGUUAACUAAAACUGACUUCAAAAUUGGUUUACUGAAUACAAAAGGAAACUCCAUCCAGUGUUUUGAGAUCAGUGGGUUAACUUUACUGUGAAGCGUAUUGUGUUGCCACUUUAUAUAUAGCUUGUAUAAUUUCUAUGUAAAUAUUGUAUGUAUAAAUUACUUUUCCUAUAACUAGUAUUUGUUUAAACAAAGAUUUUGAUCAAUUUAAUCAUGUAAAAGUUUUAGAUAUAACCUAUAUAAUCUCUGUGUAAAUAUUGAACGUGUAGUUUCGUUGAAAAAAACCUUAGCAUGCUAAUAUACCUUUUGUUGAACAAAAACAUUUUAAUCUGAACAUUGACAUUAGUAAGAAGUAA